UAAAGACCGACUUUGGCUCGCUCACCUUCCCUAGCAGAGACAUCAAGGUGGCCACCUACCUUUUCCAGGGGAACGAAUAAGGGUGGGAGUGUGUGUGUGUGUGUAACGGUGCAUGUGUGGAAGAGUGGAUGUGCGUGCUUCGGAGUCUACUGGGCAUUUGUUUAGCAAGAAGCUCCAUUCUAUUCCGCUUCGUUUGCAAGCGUAUAGAAGCGGAUCCACGAAUGUGGAGCAGUGCCUGGCUGGCGUACGUACGUAGUUGUGAACUAGUCGAUCGGGUGAGGAAACAAGAAGACCGUGCGUGCAGCCUUCACUUGUGAGAGCGACGACAAACCAUCCUCAGACACCAGUUCAUCUUGAAACUAUUGUCCAUUUCAAGAUCCCCGUGUGCGACAAUGCCAACAUGUUCCAUUGAGCUCGAGCUUAGUCCAAGUGGAUCAAGAGGUUUCGCAAGUGUCCUCUUUGGCAAGUUCCUCGACGGACAGACUUGACUUGAAAUGGGGAGGAUUGAAAUUGCUCCUCCUGUGCUGCUUUUCGUCCCGUUCUUUCAUGCAGUUUUUUCUGUUUUGGCGACCUUUUCGUGGAAAUCAAAUGUUGUUGCUGAGCUCCGAAAUGAAUGUCCAGCAUCGAGAAAUUCGCUGCCAACACGAACCUCGACUCGGCCACACAGACACAGUGGUGGAUCGACAACUUAGACUUUUCAGGGAGAAGCUAUAUCCAUCAUAAAAUCAAGUGACCGUGGUGUGAGGAUCCGCUCUGGUAUGUGACGUGUAAUGAAUAUCGUCGACUAGUCUCGUUAAGAAGUGCAGUAUUGCCUCUUUUUGCUGUGCUGGAAUUCACGACCAUGGCUAUUGGUGAUUCAUAUGAACCAGCAACAGCAUUAUCAACGACUCCGACCAAUAUAAGGGACAGUCAAUUUUUUCUACUCUCGGACGAAGAUAAUGAUUAUGGAUGAACCCGUCCGAGAUCCCAGGAUCAUCAUGAGCAUCUCAAUCGACAAAAGUGGAUGAUGCUCGAGACCUUCUCAACCAUAGAUCUACGUGCCAUAGUCUAUUUUGUAGUUUAUAACUUAUGAUGAGCUUUUAAGCCCAAUUACAAUUGAUGCUGGUGCGAGGCAGAGCCUUUAGUGUUUGCAUUUUCAGGGUGUGCAACUACACUAACUUUGCCAAGGUUUAAGUGGCGAUCCAUUGUGAUGCAAUACUAAGUGGUACUGCGGCAAAGGUGAUCGAUCGAUUGAUUGCUAGUGAAUCCUCAUCAAGGCCAAUCUCCAACCUACAUCCUUUCGAGUCUCCUUUCUCUGCCACAACACCAACCUUAGUGAGCUUUUCGAAGAUCUCCCUGAAAAGUAGAGAGCGACCAAGGCUUUUUGGAACAGAAUGCCAGGAGGAAGGCGGGGGUUGGUGGCCCCUCAAAACACUUUUCUGGAAAACAUUAUCAGAAGAUCAUCGCAACAGCCCGACACAAGCUUUCUCCUCGCCAAUGCCCAAAUUGUGGAUUACCCAAUGGUCUACUGCAACGAAUCGUUUUGUAAAACGUCGGGAUACAACCGAGCAGAGGUGAUGCAAAAGUCUUGCCGGGUGAGUUUCAUGUACGGAGAGCUUACCGACAAGACCACAAUCCAACAGAUCGACGAUGCCUUAGAAAACCACGAGACUGGCCAGUUCGAGAUCCUGCUGUACAAAAAGAAUCGAACUCCACUAUGGCUUUUCCUACAAAUUUCCCCGGUCAAGAACGAACGGGACGUGGUGGUUCUGUUCUUGUGUACAUUCCGAGAUAUCACCGCCCUCAAACAGCCCAUCGAAGAGGACUCGAAAGAUCCCCUAUUUUCAGGAGGACUGAGCAAGUUUGCCAAGUUGGCAAGAUCCGUCACACGUUCCAGAUCAGCUUUAGCCUCUCAACUAUCCAACCAGGUGGCCAAGGACACGAGCAAACAAUCCAAUCUAACACAGCUGAUGAGCCUGGGCGCGGAUAUCAUGCCCCAGUAUCGUCAAGAGGCUCCCAAAACGCCGCCACAUAUCUUACUUCAUUACUGUGCCUUCAAGGCCAUUUGGGAUUGGAUUAUCCUCUCGUUGACCUUUUACACCGCCAUUAUGGUACCUUACAACGUGGCGUUGAAGAACAAGACCUCGGAGGACGUAUUUCUGCUCGUGGUUGAUUCCAUAGUCGAUGUGAUAUUCUUUAUUGACAUUGUACUAAACUUUCACACCACUUACGUGGGGCCUGGAGGUGAAGUCGUGUCAGAUCCCAAAGUGAUACGUCUCAACUAUCUCAAAUCAUGGUUCGUGAUAGAUCUACUCUCGUGUCUGCCUUAUGAUGUCUUCAAUGCUUUUGACCACAACGACGAUUUAUAUUCUUGCCAGACAGACAGUGAGUAUGGAACGGGUAUUGGAAGUCUCUUCAGCGCGCUCAAGGUAGUUCGUUUGCUUCGUUUGGGUCGUGUGGUUCGUAAACUGGAUCGAUACCUGGAAUACGGAGCAGCCAUGCUCAUUCUUCUCUUGUGCUUCUAUAUGCUGGUGGCCCAUUGGCUAGCUUGUAUUUGGUACUCAAUAGGCAAUUCGGAUCUCAUGAAUGGCAUCACUUAUGGAUGGCUUUACUCGUUAGCCAAUAUGAGCCGUCAGCCGUACACGCAAUACGUCGAAUAUGACCAAAAUGAUAACAACACAAUCGUCCAUUUUGAGCUUCAAGGCGGCCCAAGUCGGAAGACCAUGUAUGUAACAGCAUUGUACUACACUAUGACUUGCAUGACCAGCGUUGGAUUUGGAAACGUGGCCGCAGAAACCGACAACGAAAAGAUUUUUUCAAUUUGUAUGAUGAUCGUUGCGGCCCUGCUAUAUGCUACCAUUUUCGGUCACGUGACUACAAUUAUCCAACAAAUGACCUCGGCUACUGCCCGAUAUCACGACAUCCUCAAUUCGGUUCGAGAGUUCAUGAAGUUACACGAGGUCCCAAAAGCACUUUCGGAGCGUGUUAUGGACUACGUCGUUUCAACAUGGGCCAUGACCAAAGGGAUUGACCAAGAAAAGGUUCUGAAUUUUGCACCCAAAGACAUGAAGGCCGACAUCUGUGUUCACUUGAACCGGAAAGUUUUCAACGAGCAUCCAGCUUUUCGCCUAGCCAGUGAUGGUUGUCUCCGAGCUUUGGCCAUGCAUUUCACAAUGACCCAUUCGGCCCCUGGGGACCUGCUCUACCACACGGGAGAAAGCAUAGACAACCUCUGCUUCAUUGUGUCCGGAUCCCUUGAGGUUAUACAAGAUGAUGAAGUGGUUGCCAUUUUAGGGAAGGGUGAUGUUUUCGGCGACAGCUUCUGGAAAGAUCAAGAUGUGGGGCAAGCAGUGGCCAAUGUGAGAGCGCUUACCUAUUGUGAUCUUCACCUGGUUAAUCGUGAAAAGCUCCUGGAAGUCCUAGAUUUUUACAAAGCAUUUGCUCAGUCGUUCUCAAGGAACUUGGUGCUAACAUAUAAUCUCAGAAAUCGGUUGAUAUUCCGAAAAGUGUCAGAUGUCAAAAGGGAAAAGGAAUUGGCAGAGAGGAGGAAAAAUGAUCCAGCACUCAAUCAAACCCAGGAUCACCUUGUUAGGAAACUGUUCUCCAAGUUCAAGAAAGGUCCCAUGGGAAACUCAACGGAUCUGAGCCAUCCUCGAGAUCUCGAGCGGGGUGACAGUUUUGCUCUCACAGAUAACGGAAUGCCACCGGGUGUGGGUGGAUUGUCCAACCCAAACCAUCACAAUAAUCACCACCAGCAACAGCCAUCCAAUGGCGGUGGAAAUCUUUUGGCCAAUGCCAAGCAUCACCUCGCCAACAACAAGGUGGGCGCGAGUGACAAUUUAAAUGGUAGUAAUAGUACAGCCACCACCACCACCACCACCACCACCACCUUAUCAGUGGAUGCGUGUGAUGUGCCCGUAGUGGUGACGAAACCUUCGCCAAGAAAGGGUGGAGGCGGUUGGGCCAGACUUAAAGGCGGUGGAGGUGGAGGGAGCGGAGGAGCCGGGGGCAAACUUAAAGAGCCAGAAAAAAAGACCCCACCCAUCGAGGUCGAACCCAAGCCAAAGACCAGUGAUAGUAGAGCCAAUAGUGAGGACGAAAGUAAGAGCAACUCAGCCAUAUCCCAACACGAGUACCAUCAAAUCAUGAAGAACAUGGCCGAGUUCAAGGUGGACAUGAAACAAGAGAUUGUGUCCAUGAACAAAAAGAUCUCGAAAAUGGAAGUGCUCAUGACUGAUUUCAUUGGCAAGUUGAAUUCUGCCCUUCCAGCCGCGGCGGCCGCGGCGGCAGCCUCUGAAGAAGAACGUCAACAUCGGAGGUCUCAUGGAAAAACAAAGAACCGGGAACGCUCACGUUCCAAACACCACUCCAAUUCCAACUCGAACAUCAAACAAAUGCUUGAAGAUGAAAUCAACAGCCAGUCCCCCAAACGAGAGCAUUUUGGGGGCGGGAUCACUUAUGUUCCGGGUCAAAAGGAGGAAUUCCUCUAGUAGCUCCUUCGGGGCAGAAUCUCAGUUCUUUGAUCUUGGAUAAACCAGCCAAAUCUGUGCCUUUGGAAAUUGUACGAUCUUGACUCAGGGCCAGAAUACCCCAUCCCCAUGGCUCAGUGCAUGCAUGGAUUCUACUCUGCAAAGAAGAAGGCCGGAGAAGGAGGAAAUGCCUCAUUUGUUGACAAUGCUGAUGUGCCUUUUGUCCUUUGUGCUCGACAGAGCGUUCAUCUGACUAUCAGGGAAAAAAGCAUCCCUAGAAGAGACAUUAAAAAAAGCCCAACACUCGAACGGAUCGGUGAGCUGAAGGAAAUGCUUAAUUGCUCAUUUGGAAGAACCAAGGUUUUACUCUCUAGGCAUACAGGAGGCCCCCUGGCCGCAGAGCAAUUGCCGAGACACUCACUGUCUGGAAAACGUAUGGCCUCCCUGGAACAAUCGAUGCUCAAUUGAAUGUACAAUUAUAUUAUUAUUCAUCCUUGGGGAAGACCUUAAGUACAACAAGUACAAAAAGACUGCCCAAGAGAUCGCCUGUGAACUCAACCAGUUGCCAAGGAUAACGCCUUCGUCGUCGAGCAACUUGAAGGUUUACUUUGAUGCGAUAUCAAGAACUCCAUAUCGUGAAAAACACCAUUCCAAAAGCAAACAACGUAAUGCAUUGAUAUCGAGAGCUGUGACCAAACUUUGAAGGGAAUCGAAGAAACUUAAUAUCAUUCCGUUAAGAUGACAUUCUAUCCAAGCUUCAAAGGGAUCCGGUACUUUUACGUACGUACUUGACCCUAAUCAAACAUUUACUCAAGUAAAAGUUGUAAUUCGGAUAUCAAGUGGAGUUAUUAAUCACUCUUGAUCACUAUCCACUGAUCAAAUGGACCAGAGGCCAACAGAGAUUUUUUUAUUCACCCCUGUUGAACACGAACGAGCCGAUGAAUCGGCGUACUUUCAUGAAGGGACAAUCCUGUUGAAAUCCAAGGCCUCGAAUACUUGUGCUUGAAGGCUCUUGAUUUCAACCACGACUAGCUUCACCGAGACGAGCUCGGUAACUUUAGCCCUUGGUGAAAAAAAAACUCUCCCCUCCCCUAUUUUUCCGAAAUAAUUCAUAUUCUACCACGCCCCCUUCAUCCUUUUCACGCUAUUUCUGAAUUCAAACUAAUUGCAAUGGCGUCGGGGAAGAUAGCCACAGAGCGAUCUCGUUUUCUUAAAAGUUCGUGCUUGUUUGCGAUCAAUUGUAUUUGAAGAUUCGACCCUCUGUUUGCAUCCAAUUGACACGAAACCUUUGUAAUGCUUCAAAGUUUUGCUUGUAUUCCCCCCAUUUGACUCCAACCCCGUGUAACAACUGCAGUUCUUCCUUCUUCCUCUCGCGUUGCCCCAUUAUUCUCACUUACCUCCCUCCCGUACAAGGAAAUGAAACUUGGAAAACUGUACUACGUACAACAUAAAACGUUGUACCGAAUGCAUCGUUCUCGCUUUGUGAACAACAUGGUUUGAUUUAUGUGCAAGUAUUGUUGAAUAUUACCAUUGUCAAUCAUGUUCAGCCAAAUUCUAUGAAACGAAAAUAAUAAACAUAUUUAUCUCUUGUGAAA